UUUAGAUGAUGGACUCUGGAGUCAAUCCAACCAAUAACCAAAAUAAUAUAAUUUAUAUUUUCUACCCGUAACUUAGCACAAUUAAUGAUUAAAUGUAUUUUAUUGUAUAUAAUAUGUAACAUAACUGUGAAAUGUAUUCUAUUAAAUGGAAAUGUACCAAAUUGGAGAUUGUUUGGCAAAAAUAGCAGAGUUGACGCUUUGGCUCAGGAACUGUACAGAUAUAACCUCAAUAAAUCUGACCAACACACUACCAGUAAACCUGAAGUUGUAGAUUCUACCCUUGAAAAUAAAAAUUUAAUUAAAAAUUUUUGUAUAAAUCAGCAAAAUUUAAUUUUAAAAGAGUUACUGCUACCUUCUCUUAAAAAUUAUAAACCUUCUACCAACACAUCUAAUAACUCUACCAAUGUUAAAAACACACAGAAAUCUGAGGAUAAAUGGGAGUUCAAAGUCAGUGAUGACAGUAAUAGGAUAAGAUGUUCCGUUUUGUCUGAUGUUCCUUCUGGCACGGUGAUGCUUCGACCUCUUAACAGUAAGGCCGAAUACACUUCACUUCCAGUUCUGAUAACUCUUUUCCGUACUAGGACAAACAUCAUUAAGCUUAUGUACCCGAAACACAAUAUAAACAACAUCGAUCAGUUAUACCAUUAUGCCUCAUUACAGACAAUGUUGAUACGAGAAAUGUGUGUAAAUGACAGAUUUCGUCGUUUGUUUGUUGGAUUAACCCUGUUAUAUGGUAUUAAGAUGAGUCAGGAAAUUAUAUUGGACCUGUUUUUCUACUUAAUCAGGUCUAAACUAUUUUGGAAUCGCACGGUUUACUCAUACUGGUCCCAAUCGCUGUCUGUGCCCAUACCUCUCCUUAUCUUAACUGUUAACAAUGUCCUCAAUAUGUUCCUAAACACAGUUGGUUUUGUAGAUUCCAAGUUAAAGGAACAGCUCAUUACACUCGAGGGCCUAAUGCUUAAUAGUGACUUAAGGAAAAGGUUCAAAAAUGUUUAUGUUAAAGACUAUGAUGGGUCAAUUAAAUUACAUCAAAACCAUCUUGAUACUUAAUGUAUUGUGUUUACUA